UUAGUUUCACAGGUCCCUAAUCUACCGCACAUAGACGCAAAAAUGUACGACAAAGUAAAAACGUUUCUGCUUUUCAUUGGCUACAACAGAAGCCGCCAUACAUUACUUGCCUCGUUGCUAGAUGCCCACCCAAAUGUCAUCAUUGCCAACGACUUUAACAUCUUGAAAGAGUGGAUUGAAAACCCGUUAUUGACGCUGAGGAAGAAAUAUUAUAUUUACGAACUGCUUCUUGCAAAGUCUCACUAUGAUGUCAUGUUUGGCGUGCGAUCGAGGCCAGUUGGUAACAAGCCCGUGAAGUAUCAUUACAACGUGCACGACGAAUGGCAAGGGUCGUUCAAUGGAAGUAUACAGGUAGGUGACACUCAAGGUCAUUAAGGCCCAUUCUCGUCCCCAGAGCCACUCAGUUUAAUUGGUAACGACCACGUGACCAAGAAACGACGGGCUCUGGGGACGAGAAUGAUUGAGGCCCCGUCCACAGGAAGACCUUAGAUAAGAAUGACCCCAACCAGGUUCUGGCGUCCAGCAGUUUUAGUGAAAACAAGGGUUUGGCUGGGGUGCUCGGUCUCGCGGUCUCAUAAAACCCUGGUCUCGGUAAGUUUUAUUUAAGGAUUUUCCCGUCCACACGAAUCCAGACAUUUUUAAAACCGCAUAUUUUGUUACCCGGUUUCGUGUAGACGGGGCAUUAAACCACUCUGGAGAGCGGUUUAAAAAAGAUGCGAAUUCGGUGAGCGGAUUCACUGGAUUCGGUCGUUUCGUGUAAAUGGAGUAAAAAAUAUACGGUUCAAAAAUAUCCCGAUUCGAGUGGGUGUGGCUUUGGGAGACUGGUUUUGUUGCCAAAAACAACUGUAAACUUUCGUUCGCCUGCGACUGCAGUUUUACAUUUGGCUAUCAUGAUCGUUUCCUUUCGAUAACCGCUAGAAAUAUGCAGUCUUUCGGCACCAUUAAUCUUCGGGCGCAUGGCAUGUUAGUUCAUACUCGACAGUGGUAGGCGGUGGAUGGUUUUGGGAGUGAGGUGGUGGGCUUGAAUUUUUGCUCUGUUGUAAUAUUUCGGAACCAUAGAGGAUACAGAAUGAAAACGCGCUUUAUACAUAGGCGGAGACGACCUAAACGGACAAAGUGAAACAAUUAUCACGAGAUAUAACAUAGCGCUUUCUCUAAUCUGUGACGUCAUUCAAGCUUUCUCAAACUUCUUGUCUAGGCUUGUUUUUACAAAACCGCUAUUUGAUUUACGAUAUUUUCCAUAGGUUAUUGGCGAUAAGAAGGCGGCCCAAGCCUCUGGAAUUUUGAUCAACACCGAAGGAAUUGAUUCUAUUAAGAAACUGGAGCAGAAACUUGGCGUUCAGGUCAAGUUCAUUCACGUUAUAAGGAAUCCUUUCGAUAACAUUGCAACCAUGGCUCUGAGGAGAGCAAAUGAGAGGAAAAAAGGCCAAGAAAUUCUCAAGGUAACGACAAUGUGUCCUGUCCCAGACGUGUCUGUCUAAAGCCUUUAAGCGUCAAUAUCCAAAUACAAAUUCUCCAGACUGAAUCCUCACAUUUCCCGAAAUAGUGAGGGAGGGGUGGGGGAAGGAACUAAAUAAUAAGUGGAGAGAAUUUGAUAAUAGAUCCAAGAAUUUUGCCUUUGGUGAUCUUUAACAAAAUUCUCAAAACAUUUCCUCUUGAUUAUGUAUUUACAUUGAUAGGAGAAAAUUGAUAUUGGUCACUCUUGGGGCGUAAACUUUUAAGGGGAUGUGACUACAUUUGUUGAACUGUCAGACCUAAACCCUGAGUUGUACAUGAAUACACUAAUUCAUUUUGUUUCACUUUUUUUUCAGGUAAAUUAUUCCAAGGAACUUGAUGGUAGCAUCUCCAGCUAUGGCCGGCUAGCACAAGGCAGCUUUGAAGUACAAAAGAACUUUCCUGGUCGUGUACAUGAUGUAGCAAGUAUAGAUGUCAUGAUGGAAACUAGAAAAACGCUCGUAAAGAUUUGUGACUUCUUAGAAAUCACAUGCACUGAAAAAUACCUUCGUCACUGUGCUUCAAUUGUGGACCCAAGGCCCUCACAGACACGGCAUAACAUAGAGUGGACUGGGAAACAGAUCAAAAGAGUGCGGAGUCUGAUAGCACAGUAUCCGUUUCUUCACAGAUAUUCAUUUGAAGAUUAA